AUGAUCUACAAGCCCCUUCUCAAUGAGUCUAUCAUCAACCUGUCCUUUCUCACGUCCAAGGACUACACACUUCUUCGUGGUUCCUUGAUCAAGUCAAGCACCACUAGAAGAUACAAGAAAGCUAUCACAUCCAGAAUUCUCCACAGGCCCGAGUCCAAGAACAUCACACACUUGCAGCCAGCAAUCUUGCGUGUGUGCAGAUCAAUUCACAACGAAGCCCUGCCAAUUCUCUACCGUCAAACCUUCUACUUUGAGCACCCCAUCGCCAUGAAGCUGUUCCUCUUCGCGAUUCGUCCAGCCAACCGCCUAUUGCUACAACAUGUUGUCCUGCGUGGUUGGGACUACUGGGCCCCGAACGUUUGGCAGGAAGCGCUUGCAUCCGCGCUUGACAGGCUUGCGUCCGCCCAGAAUCUCAAGAGCCUGCACCUCGAUCGUCACGUCCAGAGCUACCAGGAUGGUGUCCCGGACUGGAACACUAAAAUCUGGCGUCAAGAGGCGCAGACCAAACACUUCAACGAACACUUUGGAUACUGGGCCGAUUGCAUCGACGCCGCCAGAGGCAAAGGCACUACAAAGGCCAUCCUCACCUUUGCUGACCGCAACUUCGGCUCCGAAGACGAGGUUGCCAGAGGUGAUCAGAAGUUCCUGGAGUGCAAGAAGAUGCUCAUGGACAAGAUCAAGCUCGACUAG